UCUGCUACAAAUCAAUCAGGACGCAAGCACAUGCUUGCUCAUCCAUUUUCGACCGACCAACUUACAAGCCAUUCCUCUCCAUGCUCUUAAAUUCCCUUCAACCAAUUGUCGGGUAAUGUCUAGGAGCCAAGAUCUGAUCUUUUUCCCUAUUUAAACAACUGGGUCGAGCGGGGAAUUCCCAGGAAAACAACCAUACAAAAAAACGACGAGCUUUCUUGAUUCUUGAAGAUGGAAAUUAUGGGGACGAGGGUUAAGAAUGCUGUGCUAUUGUUAUUCAUAAUGGGGAUUGGUUUUUGUCCGCCAUUUAUGGAGGGGAAGGAAAUUGCAGAGGUGAAUGUGCAGCAGUUGAGGAAAUUGGCGUCCAAGUAUAAUGUGACGAGCUUGUUGGUGUUUGGGGAUUCUAGCGUUGAUCCUGGGAACAACAAUGUUCUUUCCACGAACGUCAAGAGUAAUUUCCCUCCUUAUGGGAAGGAUUUCUUUAAUGCUCGCCCAACUGGGAGGUUCUGCGAUGGAAGGCUCGCCACUGACUUCAUUGCUGAGGCGAUGGGAUUUGGAGAAACAGUGCCAGCAUUUCUGGACAGAACUUUGAAGCCAAUCGAUCUCUUGCAUGGCGUUAGCUUUGCUUCUGCUUCUUCAGGCUACGAUGAUCUCACCGCCAACUUAUCUAAAGUGCUGUCACUUCCAAAGCAGUUGGAGUACUUCAUGCACUACAAAAUCCAUUUAUCCCGACUGGUCGGCCACGACAAAGCAGAGAACAUAAUCAGAAACGCCAUUGUUGUCCUCAGCAUGGGCACAAACGACUUCCUCGAAAACUACUUCUUGGAGCCCCAACGCCGCAAGCAAUUCAGCUUGGAUCAAUACCAGAAUUUCUUGGUGUCUUCCAUGUCUCAUAACGUCGAGGUGAUGCAUAGAUUAGGAAUUAGACGGCUAGUGGUUGUGGGAGUACCGCCAUUGGGGUGCAUGCCAGUUGUGAGAACCAUAACCAAUCAGAUCACGACAUGUUCCACAACCUUCAACAGAGCAGCCUACGCAUUCAAUGCAAAGAUCAAGCUGAAAUUGGCAGCUAUGGAAGCAAACUUGGGGUUGCUCACUAGCUUUGUCGAUGCUUAUGCCAUCGUUCAAGACGCUGUCGAUAACCCCACCGCCUAUGGUUUAAGGGAAACAGCGAAGGGGUGCUGCGGGACGGGAUUGGUUGAAUUUGGCGAGACAUGCAAAGGCUCAACCACGUGCAGUGACCCACAAAGCUACGUGUUUUGGGACGCUGUUCAUCCCUCCCAGAACAUGUACAAAAUCUUAGCCGCCAAAGCCAUUCAAUCUGUUGCACAAGACAUUCUAUCCUAGUUUUCUUCCAUUCUUUUGCAUAUCCAUAGUUUGAAACUUGAUACCCAUCUGCUUAUUCAACGCGCCCAAUGUAUGGGUUCAGCUCACCAAUACAAUGUCAAAGUCAGUCAGCUGGUACACAGGAAAUGUUCAAUUCCUUCAACAAAUUACAUAACUUGUCUUGCUUCCUUAAUUUAUACAUUGAACUCAAUACUCUAAAUUCCUUUUCUUUAUUAUAUCUGUAAUAAUCAUAUUCCACCGUUUUCUUCCUCCUGGCUCCUCUGUUCAUGCUUUCAACUCCAACAAUUUUGAAUAUUUAUAAAGAACAUGUCUUGGAAAUUUUAAA